UGAUUAAUUAAUAUUAAGCAAUGUAUAAGAUAAAUCAAGAACCUGAUGUACCUGCAGCAUUAGGUCUGUUAUCACAUCUAACAAAUGAUGAACUAAAAGAAUUAUUAAAUGAUGAUACAAAAUUUGAAGAUAUUGUGAAAGAUGUACAAUUUAAGAAUUUAGAAACUGAGAAAGAAUUGCUAAUGGCAAGCAACACAUCUCAAGCAGAAUUUAAUUUAUCAAAACAACCAGAAUUACAAAAAGGUAAACAAAUACUAAAGGAACUUAGUGAAAAAGGAAGUAGGUUAUGCUCAAGUGUAGCAGCAAAAUUGGAUAAAAUAAAAAAUCAGUCGGGAGAAAUGACUGCUGCUACUGCAUUAGAUUUAUUACAAACAGCAGCAGCUGAAAUAGAAGAAGAAUCAGAGACCAUAGCUGAAAAAUUUUUGGCUGGAGAUAUGGGAGUGGAUGAAUUUUUAGAGCAGUUUUUGUCACGACGAAAAUUAAUGCAUCUACGUAAAGUUAAAGUAGAUAAAUUAAGGGAAUUAAUAAAAAAAUCACAUACUGCAACUAGUGAUUCUGGAUAUCCAAUUGCUAGUAAUUUUCAUAGUAUUGCCCCUGCAAUUCCAUAUCCAGCUGGACCUGUUUCAAUGCCAAUGCCAGUACCAUCUGGUUUACCACACAACAGGCCGUAUUAAGUUAUAUCUGACAGAAUAAAUUAUUAGAUUCAA